UCUCCGCUAACCUGUUCAUGAAACAGGUUAUCUAAGUCGUCUUUAUCAUAAUCAGUAUAGUUAUCUGAUUGAUAAGCGUUAAGAACUUUGAGUUUGAUACGCGGUGUAGUUAGUAAGUUUGGUUGAGAAAGAAUUCUGUACAAUUUCUUAAAUCUGUGAUUGAAUCAGUAAAGUUAUUUUACAUUUUUCAAUUAAAAUGAGUGCUUUGUUAGUCCAGGGAAGGUUGGCUCUGGUUACUGGUGCCAGCAGUGGUAUGGGCAGAGAGACAUGUAAGGUGCUGGCCAGGGAAGGAGCUACUGUGGUGGUCACCUGUAUAGAUGAGGCAGGAGCCAACGAAACUCUCAAACUGUUGUCUGGAGAGGAUCACAGUGUAAUGAAGUAUGACGUAAGUGAGCACAAGUCUGCCCUAGAGUUGCUGAAGAGGAUCAUUGAGAAAUACAAGAGACCCCCAAACGUUCUGGUCAACUGUGCUGGAAUUUGUACAUUCCCUCCUGUCCUGGAAGAGACUCCUGAAUCGUUCCAGAGAGUUCUGGACGUCAACCUGAAGGGCACAUUCUUCACAAGCCAAGCCGUCUGCAAAGAGCUGAUAGCUGCCAAGCUACCUGGAGCCAUAGUGAACAUUUCUAGCAUGACAGGUCACAGAGGGUUCCAGAACAUGAGCUCCUAUGCUGCCAGCAAGAAUGGCAUCGAGGCGGUCACCAAGUGUAUGGCCAAAGACAUGAGCCCACACAAUAUCCGUGUGAAUGCGGUCCAGCCAGGAAUGAUAGACACUGCGAUGUCAGUAGGUGCCACCCAAGAUGUCCUGGACUUCUGGUUUGCCCAGUGUGCGACUAAACGGAAGGGUCGACCAGAAGAAGUGGCUGAGACAAUUGCUUACUUGGUGUCAGACAGAGCCUCAUAUAUAAACGGAGCGUGCGUUCCUGUCUCUGGUGGCUUUUGAUCGAUGGAGGGAAAAGGUUUCACUAAGGAAUUAAAGAAGGAAAGGGAAGGAGAAAGGAAUCACCAAGUGCAUCGUUCAGAGAUUUGAAUUCAUCAUACGUUGAGGAAGUCAAUUGUUUAGUAUUUUUCUAUUUUUGUAUAUUUUGUAAAAUAAUAAUUGUUUGUUAACA